UGAAUUUUUCUAUAAAGUCUCCGGCUGUUUUCCAGAGGAACUUUCUGUAUCUGUGUGAAGAGCUUUGCAGCUGUGUUCACCAUGAACAUUUGUGCUGUGAUCAUUCUCAUGGGGACACUCGUGAACGGAGCCACGUCAACGAUUCACAGUCUGAUGGAAUUUGAAAUAUCUUCAACUCAAGUCCCAAACUUCCCAGAGUUUGCAUUUGUUGCAGUAUUGAAUGGACUUCCAAUCCAAUAUUAUGACAGUAACACCAGGAGAGUGGUGCCCAAACAGGAGUGGAUGAACAGAGUGACAGAAAAAGAGGCACAGUACUGGGAGAGGAAUGCUCAGAGAGGCUUCAAUAUAGGACAAAUGCUAAAAGGAUAUCUUGAAAUUGUGAGACAGAGACUCAACCAGACUGAAGGACUCCAUCUUCUACAGGUGAUGGCUGGUUGUGAAUGGGACGAUGAGACUGAUGAGAUCAAUGGGUAUUAUCAGACUGCGUUUGAUGGACAAGACUUUAUUGCUUUGGACUCGAAGACAGAGACAUUUGUUGCUGCUAAAUCAGAGGCUUUCCCUAUUAAACUCCAACUGGAGGAGACUGGAGAAGCUGUUAGUCUGACAUAUAGAAUGACCCAUGUGUGCGUUAAAUGGCUGAAAUGGUACAUGCAAUUUGAAGAUAAACUGAAGAGGAAAGAGCUCCCUCUAGUGUCGUUCCUGCAGAAGUGCUCCUCGUCCCCAGUCACCUGCCACGCCACAGGCUUCUACCCCGACAGAGCGCUGCUGUUCUGGGCUAAAGAUGGAGAGGAGCUGGAUGAGGAUCCCGGAGAGAUCCUGCCCAACCACGACGGAACCUUCCAGACCAGUGUGUCCCUGGACCUGUCCUCUGUCCCAGCUGAAGACUGGAAGAGGUACAGCUGUGUGUUCCAGCUCUCUGGAGUCACAGAGGACCUCAUCACCAGACUGGACUCAAGCAAGAUCCUGAGCAACGAGAGAAAGUUAAGCACCAGCACCAUCACUGCUGCUGUGUUGUCAGGUGUUGGUGUGGCUGUUGUUGUUGUCACUGUUGGAAUCGUCUUGUACAGACGACAUCACAACAACAAUGUGAUAUAAAAGUGGAAAAAUGUGGAAAAACAUGCAUUCUUACUGUGUGUGGGCUUGUCUCCCCCAAACCCUUCCUUGGCCUGGAGGAGGGCCUGCUCCUGCUGGUUUCCAUGGAAAUGUGUUGUUAGGUGUGAUGUCACUUCCGGGUCCACGGAGCAUCAUAUUAUUUAAAACAAUGGACGUGGACGAAACGUAUGACUCUGAACAGGGAUUACAGUGGUUUCAUCCUAAAGGGUUCUUCACCUCUGACGCGAACAAGUACAACAUUCAGCAUUUACAGUAGUUAAACAAGGCACGAGAAUAGAGAUGUGGGGGCCAUGCGGAGGGCGAUCCAAAGCAUGGGACCAGACUACAUGGGUGACAGACAGACACACGGGUAAAGUGAAUGGGGCAAAUGCAGAGGCUGGAUUGGAGAGACGCUCAGCUGUGAUUGGUUGGUUCAAAUUUUUGGUACAGUUCUCCGAUAUCUUUUUGUGUUUGAUUUUAUUUCUGCCCUGAUUGGGUUAGUGAAGCACUUUGAGUGUUUUGAAGGUUGGAAAGUGCUCUAUAAAAAUGUGACCCGUUACAUAUUUGCGUUUGUGACUAUAGAAUCAUUUCCACUGUUUGUUCGUUUUGGAGCGGCCCACAUGUGUCUCCGCUGUCUAAAGUGAACCAUACUGAUAUACAUUCACGACCAUACCGCAGGGGCCUAGGCCACUUGGGCUCCUGGAUCGCUUUAGUUAAAGGUUGUAUAGAAGAUUUCCCAAGGAAAGAGGAAUGCAACGACUGUCCUUUUUUAAAUGUUGCGCUUCGCUCUUUUUCCCCUUCUCUUCUUUCAGCAAUGUCUAAAACUGACUUUCUUUUGCGGCGAACUGGUCAUGAAUUCUUGUCUGCCAUUAAAACUAAAUUUGUGCAAACUGAGAGGAAGCUACAGUUAAAAAAAGACGCCAAGAACCGCUAAACAUGAACCGCAAACAUAAACCACGCAAUCCCAGCCCAUCGGCAAGUCAGUGACGCUAGAAACGUAGGGAGUUUGAUUGACAACCUAACAGCCAAUAGAUAAAGAGGUGCCCUUGUUAUCUUUUGGCUGAUGUUUAUCUGCCCCCACCACGUCCACAGUUGAUGGAUUUUCAUUAUUUUAUUUAUUUUUUGGUCAUCAUAAUUACAAGGCUGCUGCAUUUCUAUAAUUCUAUUUUGAACUUUAAUUGACAAUUUCAAACACACAAAAAAAAAUCCUCCAUACAACCUUUAAACCGUUAAAACUACCAAACAAGAUGACAAGACUGAACAGGACGAGAAAAAGCAGAUAUGAGAAUAUAAUAAUGAAAAUUUAUUAACAAACGCUGACUUGAUCUUGUGAUAAACUUCCGUAUUUCCAGUGAUAUCAACUUAUGUAUUGAGUCAACAUGCUUUGCAAAAUGAGGCCUGCCCCAGGACCCGGAGCUGUGCCCAGAGCCUGGAAACACUGGGCUGGAGGGAGUCGCUCAAAGCCCCAUGUGAACCGUGCCAAUGGAAAAGAGGCUACUGUAACUUUUCUGGUGGAAGGUCCGACACCUGCUCGUCUCAGUGGAGAUGUUACUGCAUUGCCUGCAUAGACUGUAUCGAUGGACAAAGCGCUGGCGAGAGAGUCCAGAUCAGCGCUGUCCUGGUGCCUGGCCUCCCACAGACUGAGGAGGACUGCGGACGGACUCGACUGCUUCGCAAAGUAACCAAGAUUUCUGCAAAAAGAGAGAAGAGAAGAAGAAAAGAUGUAUUUAAAUUCCUCAAAGUAUCCACACUUUGCUUUGCCGAUAGCACUGCGCACCCUUGGCCUUCUCUCAGUGAGCUUUAGAAUCAAGUCUCCUGAAAUGGUUUUCACUUCACCGUUGUGCCUCAUCAGGGUCAAGGAAUACCAAGUGUCCAAAGCAGUGACAAAAGCAAAGGUGGGCUAUUUUAAGUUUAUUUUUAUUGGCUGCAUUCCAUACGCGUUCAUUCAUAGUUUUGACGUCUUCUGUGGGAAUCUACAAUAUAAAAGGCAAAUUUCUUUACAUUUUAAAAGGGACAAAAUCAUUUACAAACUUUUAAAAAUGUUUGUGUUUUUUUUUUUACUGUUUCCACAAUGAGUGUGUUUACAUGCACAUCAGUAUCCUGGUUAUUAGCCAUGUCCCGGUUAUGUGAGUAUCCUGGUUAUGUCAGUAUUCGGGAUACUGUGUGUACAUGCGCCUGCCAUAUCCCUGUGACAUGAUCUUGACAUAAUCUUACAAAUGUGCAAGUGCAAAAAUUAUACAUUUAAUAAACCAGGAAAAAUACGAACAACCACGAGCUGCUCCUUUAGCAGAGGAAGCUCGGGAGGUUCUAACCAGCAGUAAAGAGCUCUGAUUCACCACACACAUCAAACCCAACUUUCCAAACACACUGCAGCAGAAUCUUAAUUAAAAUGUUCUGCUUAAAUAAACUCAACUUUAUACAAACCAUAACCACAUCAGCCUGUUUGAUCAGAUAAUUCAGCUUUGCCACAUUUGUUUGUUUUACAGGAACAAAACUUAAAAAACACAUGGCUCAUUUUCCGUCAGCUUCUAUCGGACUAAAGGACACGACUCAGUGGAAUGUGAGUGUUCUCUCUGUGACAGAGGCUGAUGAGUCUGUUCUGUGCAUAUAUAUCAAGUUGGAGAUGGUUCAUGUUAAACUUUUCAGAGAUUAUAGAUUAUCGAGUGCAGCACAGCUCUUUAUUUAAAUGGUCACAUUUUUAAAUUGUUCUUUUCUACCUUCAAGGCACUCCACAACAAGGAACCACUCACCCAUUCACACACACAUGCAUACAUCAGUGUACACAGACACUGGGGGUGAAGUGUCUUGGCCAAGGACACAACGGCAAUAUUUACCUGUGGGUUGAUGAAUGCUGAAUGCCGUGAUAUUUUUUUUUUUACCCAUUAACCUUCAGAUCAGUGGACGAACACCCUACCAACUGAGCUACUAUUGUCACGUCACUCAUGUACGGUCACUUUAUUUACUGUAUGUUGGUCACUUUAUUUAUGUUGGCCACUGUUGUGAUUUAAAGACUGAACGUAUAUGUCCUUUUGGACGCAUGCGCACUGCACUUUAUGUUGCAAUAUCCAGGAUACUGCGUUUACAUGCCACAGUAUCCCGGUUACUAUCAGAAUAUCCCAGCUACAGUAUCCCAGUUUCUCAUAACCGGAAUACUGCCUUAUUCGGGAUACUGAAACCGGGAUACUGCGUCUACAUGCACCUUGACGAAACCGGGAUACUUAAAAAACCUGAUCAUACCCGGGAUAUUGAUGUGCAUGCUCAUUGUGAAAACAAGAGAAAAGGUAAAAUGCUUAUUGUUGUCAAAAAAAUAAUAAACUUGUAAAGGCAUUAAAUAUACACGUUUUUUUUCUUUUGGUCAAAAUAAAAUAAUACUGUAUAUACCGCAUUUAUGUAACAAAAGAAAACCCUUAUUUUAAUCUGAAACUGUAAAUGUAAACUUGUUGUUCAUACGCUGCUUUUCUUUCUUAGAAUUCUGUCAUUUUUUAAUAGCGUUUGGUGUUAUAAGUACAUUUUUACUUCAGCCUGAACCCUUUCUGUCUUGAUCCAUGGGGUUGUAGUUUAUGUUUUGUUCUGUUUUGUUUUUGUAGUGCUGCAAAAUGCCCAAAUAAACUACAACUACUACUACUGCUACUGCAACCUGAAACUGCAGUACACAAAUAUGGCCACUGGAGGGAAGUGUUGCACCGUUUUUGACACCACCUCCACAUAACACUGAAGAAAAAGGGAGUGCCCAGAUUCAUACAUACAGUCUAAAUAAAUGCAUUUUUAUGAAUAUAAUAUAAUAUUGGAUCCAACAUUGUAUCAAAAGAAACAAUAAGAUUAAUUAAAACAAUACUAUACUAUUUGUUACAUUCACAUCUAUAUUGUGGAUAAAAUAGCCACACAAAUGAACAAAGAGAGACAGAGAAGAGACUUAUAUUAAUGUAUUAAGUAUAAGAAUAAAGUUGGGCAGUAUAAUGUCUUCAGGAUAAUACUAAAAUUGGUGUUUUACAGAUCAAAAUUUACUCCUGUGAGCUUUAAACCAUGUUAUAAUGUUGUUACCUCACCAAAAACAGAGCUGGAGUUGUGUUUUUGUUUCAUUCACAUGUUAGAAUAACCUUAUUAUGAGUCUGUUUACAUCUACAAAGCUCAAAAUGCUCGGGUCCCCGUUGUGAUGUCAUGAAGCGGUAGGUAGUUUUCAAGUUAACAUCUGCUUUUUAAAGACUGAAAUGAUCUGAAUGAUUCUAGCGAAGGUGUGUGGAGUUUAAAAACAUAGCGGAGCAAUUCCUGUAUUACCACAUGACAUCACAAGGUGGAACCGUGAAAAGAACAGCCUGAAUUUGCAGUAUUAAAUAUGUGUGGAUGAAAAAAAUAAAACAAAACAAAACUCCAGGUCUGUUUUUGAUGAGAGGAACUAGUUGAAGUUGAAUGCAAAUGUGAGUGAUUAUUCAGCAUUUCAGUAUUUUUCGGGGCAAAUAGUCGCUCAUAUUUGUGGUAAAUGUAUUAUAUUCAUGUGAGCAGUUUUGUGGAAUAGCUAAACUGCAUGUGUGGGCAGAGCUCUGUUUUCCUUACGGCACUUUGAAUGCAUCACCGCUAAAUAAACAUGUAAAUGAGUUUCUACAGCCUCAUCUGAACCUAUGAGAAAUAAUGAUCAGGAACACAAGGACAGAGCCUCGUGUAUGUGUAGUAACUAAACCCCUGUGUCACAGUGGAGCCACUCCGUAUCAGCGUUUAAACCAUCAUACGCCUUUUAUUUGAACUGGAUACAUGAUCGAUUUUUAUAACAUUUCACUUUUUCAAUUAAAUUUUUUAUUACAGUAUAUACUUUAAUACUUUUUUUUUUUUUCAAAAUGUCACACUGUGCUUUGAAAAUUAUAAUUCCAAAAAGUGAAAAUCUAUCUAUUUAUUUCAGAUAAUUCUCAAGGUGAUGCAACAAGCCUUGAGCGGGCACAAUACAGAGAAUGUUACAUUCUGAUGUCCAUUUUUUAAGGUGUGCACAGAGCCACAUCACUUCCAUGUUUAUUACAUUUGGAUUUGUACAUUUUGACUGAAAUAAAUCUUUCAAAUAAAAGUA